CCUGCAAGCUGCAUCAGGCUUUAUCCUACGUGUUCCUUUGGUGAACCAGGUUCACUUAAACUUGCAAAAAGAUGACCGACCUCUUGAGAAGUGUUGUCACGGUCAUUGACGUUUUCUACAAAUACACCAAGCAAGAUGGGGAAUGUCGCACACUGAGCAAGGAUGAACUAAAGGAACUUCUGGAGAAAGAGUUUCGUCCAAUUCUGAAGAACCCAGAUGAUCCAGACACAGUGGAUGUUAUCAUGCACAUGCUAGAUCGAGAUCAUGACCGAAGACUGGACUUUACUGAGUUUCUUCUGAUGGUAUUCAAGCUGGCUAUGGCCUGCAACAAGGUUCUCAGCAAAGAAUACUGCAAAGCUUCAGGGUCAAAGAAGCAUAGGCGUGGUCAUCGACACCAAAAGGAAGAAAGUGAAACAGAAGAGGAAGAAGAAGAUACACUGGGACAGAAAUCAGGUUACAGACAUUCAAGUUGGAGUGAGGGAGAGGAGCAUGGUUAUGGUUCUGAGGGCUUAAGGGGACGAAUGAAACAUAGACAUGGGCCAAACUCAAGGAGGCUGGGAAGGCAAGGUAGUUUAUCUAGCUCAGGAAACCAAGAGGAAUUUGAGAAAAGACGCCGUGGGUCUAGCUCUGGUCACUCAUGGAAUAGUGGCAAAGAAAGACAUGGUUCCAGCUCUGGAGAGCUGGGGGAAAGAAGAAACAAGUCACAUGUUAGCCCCUCUAGGGAGUCUGAAAAGGAAUAUGAAUCUGGAUCUGGAUCAAAGAGUAGGAGAAGGAAGAGUCAUGGUGGUCUGUCACAUGGAUUGGAUGCUAGUGGACUUGAAUUAAACUCUACUCAGUCAAGAGAGAGUAGAGGACAAAAGCUUGGAUCUAGCUCUAGAAGCUCAGGAAACAAUGGAAGGCAAAGCUAUGCAUGUGGUUCCAGCAAUUCAGGUGGGUGUGGAAGGCCACAAAAUGCUUCUACUUCUUGUCAUGAAGGUAGAUUUGGAGGGCAAGGAAAUCAAUCUAGCUGUACCCAGUCAGGAUAUCAAUCAGGAAGUAGUGGAGGACUAGGUCAUGGAUGUAAUUCAGGAGGUCAGUCUUCUGGAUAUGGUCAGCAUGAGCCUAGCUCCUGCAGCCAGUCUUCUAGUCAGAGAGAAUAUGGAUCUAGAGCAUGUGGUCAAACACAGAACUGUGGAAGACAACAGAGAACAGGUUCAAGUCAGUCCUCUUGCUGUGAACAGUAUGGGUCUGGAACAAGUCAGUCUUCUAGUUAUGGUCAAUAUGAAUCUGGUUCUUGUGGACAUUUUUCAAAAUCUCAUCAAAAAGGGUCUGGUUCAAAUGAAUUUACUAACUGUGGACAACAUGGGUCUGGCUCUGGACAGUCCUCUGGCUUUGGAAAACAUGGGUCAGCCUCAGGUCAAUCCUCUGGCUUUGGAUAUGGCUCUGGUUCAUGUCAGUCCUCUGGCUUUGGACAACAUGAGUUUGGCUCAGGACAGUCCUCUGGCUUUGGACAACAUGGAUCCAUCUCAGGUCAGUCCUCUAGCUUUGGACAACAGGGAUCUGGCUCAGGUCAGUCCUCUAGUUUUGGCCAACAUGGGUCAAGCUUAGGACAGGCCUCUGGCUUUAGCCAGCAUGGGUCUGGCUCAGGACAGUCCUCUGGCUUUGGACAACACAGAUCCAGCUCAGAUCAGUCCUCUAGCUUUGGACAACAGGGAUCUUUCUCAGGUCAUUCCUCUGGUUUUGGUCAGCAUGGGUCUGUCUCAGGACAGUCGUUUGGUUAUGGACAACAUGGGUUUGGUGGACAUGAAUCUUCUAGCUCUGGACAACAUAGAUAUGGCUCAGGUCAAUCCUCCAGCUUUGGAUAUGGAUCUAGCAAACAUCAGUCCCCUACCUCUGGGACUGGCUCAGGCCAUUCAUUGGGCUUUGGACAACAUGAGUCUAGAUCAGGUCAGUCUAGCUAUGGCCAACAUAGUUCCAGCUCAGGGCAAUCUGCCAGUUUUGGCUCUGGGUCUUCCUCAGGCAAGUCCUCUAAACAUAGUCAAUGUGAAUCUAACUCAAGACAGUCUUCUAGUUAUGAUCAACAUGAGGUUAACUCAGGUCAAUCCACUGGCUAUGACAAAUAUGACCCUAGGCUAGGAGGAGAAGAAAGCUAUAGGACCUGUUCUGGAAAAGGGUCUCCAAAAUCUGAAAGUCCUAUACCAGAUUCACCUGAAACUCAGACAAGGGAAACAACUAAAGGGAGACAUGAAACUACUCAUGCACAGUCAGGAGACAUCAGUGGACAUGCCGGGUUUGGGCACAGUCAAGCCACCAGGACAGAAUCGAGGAGGACUGCAAGAAAGGGAUCUAGUCUCAGUGAGCCCAGUAACACUGAAUGGCACUCAGAAGUCCCACAGACACAUGCAGGAUCCUCUCAUGGCCACACUGGAUCUCAACAAGGAGACUCAGGAUCCGCAGCUAAAGGGAGACAGGGAAAUACUCCUGCACAGUCACGAGAAACCAGUAGACAUGGCCAGUUAGGUCAUGGACAAGCCACAAGUACAGAAAUGAGUAGGACAGCAGGAAGGGAGUCUACUGUCAGUGAGUCCAGUGACACUGAAAGGCACUCGGGAGUCUCACAGACACACACAGGAUCCUCUCAUGGCCACACUGGAUCUCAUCAUGCAGGGUCAGGAUCCACAGCUCCAGGGAGACAGGGAACUAGUCACAGACAGUCAGGAGACACCAGUAGACAUGUCCAAACCAGUGAUGGACAAGCCACCAGGACAGCGUCCAGUAGGGCUACAAGAAGGAGAUCCAGUGGUAGUGAGUCCAGUGACACGGAAAGGCACACAGGCGUCCCACAGACACAUGCAAGAUCCUCUCAUGACCACACUGUAUCUCAACAUGGAGAGUCAGGAUCCACAGCUAAAGGAAGACAAGGAACUACUCAUGCACUGUCAGCAGAUGCCAGGGGACAUGCUGGGUUAGGGCAUGGUCAAGCCACCAGGACAGAAUCCAAUAGGACUGCAAGAAGGGGAUCCAGUCUCAGUGAAUCCAGUCACACUGAAAGGCACUCAGGAGUCUCACAGACACACGCAGGAUCCUCUCAUGGUCACACUGGAUCUCAACAUGGAGAGUCAGGAUCCAUAGCUCUAGGGAGACAGGGAACUACACAUGAACAGUCAGGACAUACCAAUAGACAUGCUCAGUCGGGUCAUGGACAAACGACAAGGGCAGGUUCCAGUAGGACUGCAAGAACGGGAUCUAGUCUCAGUGAGUCCAGUGACACCGAAAAGCACUCAGGAGUUCCACAGACACAUGCAGGAUCCUCUCAUGACCACUCUGGAUCUCAACAACGAGAGUCUGGAUCAUCAGCUACAGGGAGACAUGGAACUACUCAUGCACAGUCAGGACAUUCCAUUGGACAUACCCAAACUGGUCAUGGACAAGCCACCGGGACACAGUCCAGCAGGGCUACAAGGAGAUCCAGUGUCAGUGAGUCCAGUGACACUGAAUGGCACUCAGGUGUCCCACAGACACAUGCAGGAUCCUCUCAUGGCCACACUGGAUCUCAAAAAGGAGAGUCGGGAACAACAGCUACAGGGAGACAGGGAACUACUCAUGCACAGUCAGGAGAUACCAGUAGACGUUCCCAAACCAGUCAUGGACAAGCCACCAGGACAGCAUCCAGUAGGGCGACAAGAAGGAGAUCCAGGGGUAGUGAGUCCAGUGACACAGAGAGGCACUCAGGAGUCUCACAGACACACACAGGAUUCUCUCAUGGCCCCACUCGAUCUCAACAUGGGGAGUCAGGAUCCACUGCUAAAGGGAGACAGGGAACUACUCAUACACAGUCAGGACAUUCCAGUGGACAUACCCAAACUGGUCAUGGACAAGCCACCGGGACACAGUCCAGCAGGGCUACAAGGAGAUCCAGUGUCAGUGAGUCCAGUGACACUGAAUGGCACUCAGGUGUCCCACAGACACAUGCAGGAUCCUCUCAUGGCCACACUGGAUCUCAAAAAGGAGAGUCGGGAACAACAGCUACAGGGAGACAGGGAACUACUCAUGCACAGUCAGGAGAUACCAGUAGACGUUCCCAAACCAGUCAUGGACAAGCCACCAGGACAGCAUCCAGUAGGGCGACAAGAAGGAGAUCCAGGGGUAGUGAGUCCAGUGACACAGAGAGGCACUCAGGAGUCUCACAGACACACACAGGAUUCUCUCAUGGCCCCACUCGAUCUCAACAUGGGGAGUCAGGAUCCACUGCUAAAGGGAGACAGGGAACUACUCAUACACAGUCAGGACAUUCCAGUGGACAUACCCAAACUGGUCAUGGACAAGCCACCGGGACACAGUCCAGCAGGGCUACAAGGAGAUCCAGUGUCAGUGAGUCAGACACUGAAUGGCACUCAGGUGUCCCACAGACACAUGCAGGAUCCUCUCAUGGCCACACUGGAUCUCAAAAAGGAGAGUCAGGAACAACAGCUACAAGGAGACAGGGAACUACUCAUGCACAGUCAGGAGAUACCAGUAGACGUUCCCAAGCCAGUGAUGGACAAGCCACCAGGACAGCAUCCAGUAGGGCUACAAGAAGGAGAUCCAGGGGUAGUGAGUCCAGUGACACAGAGGGGCACUCUCACUCCCAUGAGCUGACAGGAGACAAAUCUACAUACUCAGGCUCUGUCCAGGGUCAGACCACAUCUUCCCAUGGGCAAUUAGGAACUGGCACAAUAGAGAGACGUGCGUCCAGCCAUACACAGUCACAUGAUACCCAUAGGCAGUCCAAGGACAGCAUAAGGAAACAGUCACAUAGCAGUCAUCACCAAUCUAGAGUAAGUCAUUCUCAGUCACAGAUUAGUGGAAUACAACAUGGUUCAGGUCAAGGUUGGAAACAUGGCAGUUAUGGAAGUGCAGAAUAUGACUAUGGGCAGUCUGGGUAUGGACCUUCUGGGGGCAGCAGAACAAGCAGCCGCAAUUCUAGCCCUUUGAGGUCAUUGGAUAGAGCUGCAAACAAUCAAGUGUCUACACAUGGACCAUCAGUUUCUCGAUUUGACCAUACAGGAUCAAAAGCAACUGAAAUAAUAAGAAGACAAAGUUCAAGUCAUGGACAGUCAAGUCAGACACAGCUGCUGAGGACAGCUAACCUGGACACCAGCUUUUUGCUGCACUUCACUCUAAACUCAGGGCCCCUGCAUAUUAGUGCAACUGUCCUUCCGGAACAAAUCUACACCAACCCUGCACAGAAAGACCCUCCCCAAGAGGACCAGUGUGGGUCCAUGCCAUGCCAGGUUCCUAAACUCUGGAGUUUUGAAACUCAGCUGGCCUGUGUGGGAUAA